AUGAUUCUGUCCAAAUGUUGUCAGAGGGUGGAGCAGUCAUUGAUGGAGGGGCUGUGGCGACUCCUGCUCCUGGGCUGGGCGUGUCACUUCUUGUCCUGUCCUGGUCUCAUUGGAGCCAUGAUCAUCGGCACUCCACAACAAUGUGAGAAAGCUGGUUUUGUCCCUGGCUACAACCUGGCAGGAGAAGGGUUCGACAUUGUGAAGAUGGAGCGGAAAGGCGCCUACGUGAUCAACAUGGAGGAGUGGAGGAAACCAAACGGCAGCUGCACUUUGGUGGAAAACCGCUAUCUGGGUCAGAUCAAGCAGAAGCUUCCUGUGGCUGUCAUGGACUGGAGAGCCCUCUCUGCAUGCAAGAUGAGGGUCUCCAGCAGGAUGUAUGAAUCCAGCGAGUCCCUCAUUAAUGACAGCACCUCUACCGUGACAAAUAACUGGAAAGUCGGUCUGGAUGUCUGUGUCAACUCCACUGGGGUAGCCUUAGGAGGAACCCAUUCCCGUGAGGCUUUGUACACCAUGCAGAAGUCAAAGGAGGACAAAUACAGCUUCACCAGCCAUGAUGUCCACUGCAAGUUCUACAGAUUCAGAUUGUCUACAAGGUUACCUCUACAGAAAGACUUUAUACGAUCUACAAAGAGACUCCCUCACAAUUACGGUCCUCAAACCAAACCAGCCUACUGGGAUCUAAUCGACACGUAUGGCACACAUUACAUAAGAAAAGUCCAGCUGGGGGGGAAAAUGAAGAGCGUCACCGCCAUCCAGACCUGCAAAGCUGCGUUGGAUGGACUGACAGACACUGCAGUUAAAGACUGCCUGGAUGUUGAGGCCUCUGCUACGUUUGUGCAGACUCCAAGGAUGAAGGCAGAGUUUCAUCACUGCAAGGAACUUAAAAAGAAGAUGGGUACAAAGCAAAGCUUCAGCAGCAUGUUCAGUGACCGUCAGUCCGAGAUUGUGGGAGGGAAGAUCAACACAGCCGACCUGCUUUUCUCAGGCGGGUCUGAUCCUGCAGCCUACCGGGAUUGGCUGGAAUCCUUGAAGACCAUCCCUGAUGUGGUGUUCUACUCUCUGAAGCCCCUUCACAGCCUGAUGAGUUCCAAAGAGCCGGCCAAGGCAGGACUGAAGAAAGCGAUAGAGGACUACAUCCUGGAGAAUGCCCUUGUGAAGAAAUGCUCUGAAUCUUGCAGGAUUGGUAAUAGGAUUAGUGCCAGAGAUCACUGUGCAUGUAUCUGCAACAGAAAUGAAAAUAUCAGAUCAAACUGCUGUCCUGUUGGAAAGGGACUGGCUACACUAAGAGUCUAUGGCCUCAAAGGGAAACAAUUACACGGGGACCUGGUGACCCAAACCGAUGGCUUUGUUCUAGUAUCCUACGGUGCACAGGAAAAACGUACUGAAGUGAUUAAUAACAAUGACAAUCCAGACUGGCCAGAGUCAUUUGAGUUUGGCCCCGUAAAGAUUAACAUGGCUACUCAACUCAAGUUUAAGGUGUAUGAUCAAGACAGUAUCUGGAAUAAUGAACUCCUAGGGGCGUGCUCUUUUGAACUGCGACAAGGAACCGUGACGGACACCUGCAUGUUUAACUAUGGCACCUUGUUCUUCUCCUACGAUGUGACGUGCGCCCCAAGCCUGGGUGGCCCAAAGUGCUGGGACUAUAUUCCCUCUCCCAUGAGCAUCUCUCUGGCAAAGACAUUCCACUCCAGAAAUGGGGUCCUCGCUGGGGAGUGCUGGUUCAAGACACUGGGCACAAAUCACUCUGGUGGUGACGACGAUAACCUUUGCUUUUAUGGCCACAGUGGUAAAUAG